AUGGAAAUGUACAAUAAAGAAUUGGCUGAUAACGCAGCUAUGCUUCGUGGUACAAACGUACCCGUUGAACCUCCAUCAUUAUCACAGCAUCCUGAAUUAAAUCGAGUUCGUAAACUUUUAUUUUUCUUCAUUGGUAUUGAUCUAGUUUUUAGCUUGAUCAAUUUUCUUUUUAUUAUUCAUUCAUAUGCAGCUAGUGAAUCAUUAGAAAGUCAAUCACCAAAUAGUAGUUCUCAAUUAGUCUUAAUUAUUGUCUCUUUAAUUUACUAUAGCUUUGGAUUAUUAGUAACACAUCGUUAUUAUCAAACAGGUUUAUUCGUUUUUGCAUUACUUGGACUAAUAGUAUUUAUUUUGACAAGCACAGUUAUCAUAAUGCUGUUAAUUCGUAUCAUUCAUACAGCCAAUCAUGUGGGAUUUGUUGCCGCUGGAAUAAUCGUUGCUAUAAUAUUCGUGACGAUUUAUUUUCUAGCUUUAUUUUUACAAAUAUUUAUCAUUCGAUAUGCUUUUAAAUUAUAUACAUUACUUAAGAAAAACAAGCGCUUAACAAUUGAACAAAUUUAA